GGAAAUAGGCUACUGGUAGUUUAUCCAUCUGUUCCUGUUCCUCCACAGCAUCCCAAAAGGCCGGCGGCAUCAGGUUGUAGAAGCGGACAGCGGGGCGGCUUCUUCCUGGAAGCUGCCGGGAACCCCCGCGGCAUAUCAGGUAGGUACCCUCCCUCUUGGCUGCGGCGGCUACCAGGGGCCGCCACAACCAACCGAACCAUGUCGCCCACCCCAGCGGCGGCGCCCAGCGCCAGCGGCGACGAUGAGUUCACGGAGGUGGUGGUGGUGCGGCACGGGGAGACCUCCUGGAACGCCUCCCGCAUCGUCCAGGGACAAAUGGACCCAGAGCUUAAUGAGAUUGGUAGGCAGCAAGCCGUUGUGGUGGCUCAUCGGCGUCAAAAGAAGCCAAACCAGCUGCCAUAUACUCUUCUGAUUUGAAGCAUGCUGCUGAGACUGCAGAAAUUAUAGCAAAAGUUUGUGAUGUAUCAAAUGUAAGGGCAUUCUGUUCUUUUUUUCCUGAAAGGAAAUGGAAUAAGUGCAUUGUAUUUGUCCCCCUUGUCAAAAACAUUUUGUUUCAGUUGGUGCUGAAUGAGGCACAUGAGAUAUCUCCAAGGCUUGAAGUGGGAUGAUGCUGUAAAUAAAAAUCCAGAUGUUUUCAGGGGCUUUGAUAUUUUUAAAAUUACUGAGGGCUCUGAUCCUGACAGCAGGAAUCAAGAAAUACCGGGUGAUGGAGAGAGCCUGAAUCAGUUGACUGAGCGAUGUGUCUCCUACUUGAAUAAGAUUGCCCCGGAAAACAUAGGUAUUCUGCAAACCUGAUUGUUAAUGAUUUGCCACACUGAAAUUUGAAUAAGAUUGCCCAGGAACACAUAGGCCAGUGGAUCCUUGAGAGGUGUGGAGACGUCAGCCAUCUCGACUGAAAUGGCUUUCUGGAGAACUCAUUUGGCGGAGACGGGGCCUCUGCGUAACGCUUGCAGUUAGUUCAUGGAGAUGGAGUCGACGAUAUCGUCGCCGGCGAUUUAGGCACGCAAGGCUGAGAGAUUUCCGUGGUUCUAUUGCUAUUUUUCUCUGCGUGUACUCUAGUAGUACUAGUACGUAUAGGAUCAUGAUGAAAAGAGACGACCCACCCUUUUAUAUUCGAGCCAGUAAAGAUUGUGUGUACUCAGUAGUCGCCCUGCAAUCGCGCCUUUCUUUUCAAUCCUUGGGUAGCCAAUCUUCAGCGAGCUGGUAGAACAAACUUGGAUGGAUGACUUGGCGCAGAAACGAGUGUUUCUUUGUUAAUUGGCAGGUCACCGUCUUUCGAUCUUAAAGCAAUGUGACAAGACGAGAUUAGGGUCAAAAUCUGACAACUAACAAUAGAAUAAGAAGGCAAGGCAAUGGAUUCCCAACAAGGACAGCGGGUGGGUUCCUGGCAGCUGCACGUUUGCUGCUAACCCAUAUCCUUAUUCCCCACAUCCCCUCCCUCCCUGCAGCGGUUGACACAAGAGUGAACAAUGUCUCCUGCAUCGCCGCACGGCGAGCACUUCGCAGAGGUGGUGGUGGUGCGCCAUGGAGAGACGUCGUGGAACGCUUCCCGCGUCAUUCAGGGACAGAUGGAUCCGGAGCUGAAUGAGACUGGUAGAAAGCAAACUAUCAUGCUUGCCCGUCGGCUAUCCAAAGAAGCCAUGCCAGCUGCUGUGUACUCCUCUGAUCUGAAGCGCGCUGCUGAGACUGCGAAAACGAUCGCAGCAGCUUGCGACGUAUCCAAUCUGGUGUUCGAUCAGGCACUGAGAGAAAGGCACAUGGGAGAUCUCCACGGUCAGAAGUUUGAUGAUGCCGUCAAAAGCAAGCCUGAAGCUUACAAGGCUUUCUCGUCGGGUGACAGGAACCAAGAAAUCCCGGGCGGUGGGGAGAGUCUCGGUCAACUUUCGGAGCGUUGUGUUUCCUGCUUGAACGCAAUAGCCGCGAAGCACAAGGGGGAGCGGGUGAUCGUAGUCUCCCAUGGCGCAACCAUAGAGGAGAUCUGCAGGCACGCCGAUCCAACUAGCUCGGCUCGCAGGGGAAUCCCCAACACUUCGAUCAGCGUGAUCCACAUCUCCGCUGACAGCCGCCAUUGGAUCCUGGAGAAGGUCGGGGACGCCGCCCACCUCAACGUCAACAAAGAUGGCUUUCUGCAGAGCGCAUUUGGCGGCGAUGGCGCCUCUGCGUGACCGUUUGCGGUCUGUCUGCAGCGAGGAAAGAAUUAAGAAAACACGCUGUUCUUCUCUUAUUCGCCACGGCGACACGAUCGGCUAUGGUGACACGGCUGAACAUGCCUACUCCGUUCUUCCAUUGCUCUAACUUGCCGGUGCAGCAAUAAUGAACUUGUGUGUUCACUGAAUCAAGCUGUAAUCUUUGGAGUCU